GGAGAAAAAACUAAAAAACUUCUUGAUUCUGUCAGCAUGACAGCAAAAAAUAUAUUUUGAAAUCAUUUUGAAAUGAAAUCAUGUUUAAAAAUUACUGUUUUGAAAUAAAGUGAACAACCCUUUCAAGAUGAGUUGCAACAUGAAUCCGUGCUCACCUGCUUUUGGAGGUCAGAUGUGUGACCAAUCGGAGCUAUGCAAGGGCCGAUGCCAGCGAUACAAGGCUUUGGAAAACUUCCUCAAACGCGUUGCUUUUAAUCUUGGUAAUUCCCCAUCGCAGACUGAGGUGAAAGUGAUAUCCUGUGUUCCGGUGGACGUGACCGAACUGCAGGAGCGAAUCUGCACCCUGGCGAGAGAGUUGGAGCGGGAGAUCCGAGAAAACGAAAGAUUAGAGAAGGAACUAGACGAAGAGAUCAAAGCUAACGAGGUGCUGCAGCUCGCGCUCGACUGCAAGAAGACGCCCGUGAUCUGCCCGGCGCUGAUCGACAGCCAGCGCGACGGCGCUGCCUUCCUCAACCGAGGACAGAAGUGUCAGACCAAUGCCGCUACACUCUCCCAACCCUCCGUCUCCCGCACUCCCUCCAUACUCCCCAACACCGCAGCUGCUACAAAAAAUAGUAUAACAAACUUCUCAGCUUUCCAACAACCUAUAAACUUGUAUGGCAAGAAGAAGAGCAGAAGGCAUCACACUCAUGCUGUGUACAGGACUCAUCCUACGUACUUUAGAAAGAAGAGGGCAAUGACGCCGAGCUUGAGAGUGAUGUUCAGCAGCAACUGUGUGCUGGAUAACGCUGUGUGUGGCGAGAGGAAAGUAACUACCACCCUGAGUAGCAUAUCGGUCCCGCUGUGUCGCGAUGUGAGCUCGCGGCAGACGACCGCGGGGAUGGCCACAGGGGUGGCUGCGGGGGUGCAGGGGGAGACGCCCUCCCCUCGAGGGGAGCACAAUCAGUACGAUCUUUAA